AAGGGGGUAUUGCGUACUAUUGUGGCCUGUUGAGUCCCACAAUGCAGGAUUCUUCAUUAACUUUUGUCUCGAAACAUUCGCCAUUAUGCAUAUUCAGUGGACCACGUCAUCGUUUUCGAAGUGGCUUUUGUCUCUCAUCCACUUGACCCUACGCCUUGACCUACUCAUUUUUACUCGCAGUAUCUACGAUCCACAAUGCUAGCACCACCAAUCCCAUUCCUCUUUCCUGCUUUCACUCAGAGCCCAUCGAACGUUUUAACUUGACUCUAAUGCAGCCACUUGGCACUUCUGUGGAGACUGUAAGAUGUUUCCAAUACUAGGGGACUUGAAUGGACUAGAUUAAAAAAUUCCCAGCCAGCAAUUUCUCAUUAUGCUAAUUCUCAAGGUGGGGGAGAGGACAUUCUUUGGAUUUCAUUCACGAAAAAUAAUGCAAGCGACGCAUUUGUCGAGGAUUCCGUGAAUGAAGGCUUCAAGUCCCUCAGUAUUUUCAGUCUCAAACAAGUGAACGGCUGAAUGCGAAUGUCAAUUGAAAAAAUGUUAACUUUAAAACGGAGAAUUGUUUUUGUCGACGAGAAUGAUGAGUCGUUAUCACAAAUUGAUGAUGAGAAUGUCAUUACUUCUCCCUGAGAAAACACGCGCUGCGUUUCUCCAUCCAGCAGGUCCAACGACAGUAUUUUUUUGGGCGCCGACUUUCAAGUGGGGCCUGGUGAUAGCUGGUAUUGGUGACAUCAACCGACCACCUGAGACUAUUUCCCUGGCCCAGACUGCGAGCCUCAUGCUCACUGGCAUCAUCUGGUCCAGGUUAACAAAUUUAGCCCCUCAACUAACCUCCCCUUUAUUCCCAGCAAAUGCUUCGCUUAAUUCAGAGAUAUAUUGCAGAUAUUCCCUGGUGAUAAUUCCAAAGAAUUGGAAUCUGUUUAGCGUUAAUGGUUUCGUUUCCCUGACUGCUGCGUACAAUUUCUACAGGGGACUGAUUCACCAGAUGGCAAACCCAUCACCUCCCUCAGACGACAGAUAA